AAUACAAAUUGUUCGUUGGUAACUCUAAAUAAAAUGAAAUUCAUAGCAACUUUGAAUAGUGCUGUACCAUUGGUGCAUAUUCACAUAUUUCAUCCCACAUGAUUUCAUCCAUUUCGCGGAAUUCUUCAAUUAUUUCUUGUAUUUCAUCAUUAUCGCUUUUCUUUUUGUUUCGUUUGGUGUUGUUCCAUUUUAUUUCAUUUCCUUCUUUCGCUUUAUAAAACGGGUGAACGUUCUGAUGAGAUUGGCAGUGCUCAUUUGAACGUGUGGCAAUCAAUGCGGAAAAAUUGUUUGAAAAGUCGUUUGAGACAGUAAAAUUCUAUUCGGUGCAAAAUGACUCAAUUCCAGUGUGUGUUGUUUGUUUUGCUCUUAAGUUCAAGAUUGACUUUCAGUGAGAAUAUCGUUGAUUCCGCUGAAAAUACUUUGAAUUUCGUGAACGAAGCGCGCAUUCAAUUGAACAUAACAGAAAACUCGAAUUUAAUAUUGGUAAUGGGAAGAACAGGAGUUGGUAAAUCAACUUUAGUUCAUUGUAUUGCUGGUGAUUUAAGUAAGCUCGUGUCGAAAGUGCCAUCAAAUACAAAUUCAAAAUCGUUCCAAAUCCACGACGAACUCGAUCCGAAUGCUGGAACAGUAACAUCAUCAACGGAAUCGCGAACAUUCGUUCCAGAGAUAAUUGUCGACGAAGAGCAAAAUAAGUUUUGUGAUUGUCCCGGUUUUCAGGACACACGCAAUGAAACGGUUGAAAUUGCUACGGCAUUCUUGAUUAAAAGUGUCAUUGAGAGUGCGAAAAUUAUAAAAUUUGUGUUGGUCGAAGAUUAUGAAUCCGUUACCAAAGGGCAUGAUCGCAAAAAUUUUGAUGAAUUAUUAGCACGUACUGUAGAACUAUUGAAAAAUGUCACACAAUUCGAAAAUAGUGUAUCGCUAGUGGUGACAAAAGUGCGACCAGUUGAAAUUUGGUACGAUGAAUUAAUUAAUGUGACUGAAGACAGUGUGAAAAAUACAACGGCCGAGUUUAUAAAUGAACAUCGUGGAUUUCUACAGAAGAAAGGAUCGAGUGAACGGAAAAUUCAGUUGAUUGAUGCCUUGCUAGAGCAAUCAUCAAAUGAUGACUAUUCCAAAAUUUCGAUCUUCUGGCGUCCAAAUCGUCCUGGACCAUUCAAUACAAUCGCUAAAAUGGUUGAAGGUCGUCGUUCCAUACGCAAAUCCAUACUUGAACAUUCAACAUUUGUCGACAUUCAAUCAAAUGUUUUUGGAUUCCCGUUGUCGCCACAGGCGCAACUGCAAAUCAAAAGUAUGACACAGCAUAGUAAAAAUAUAAUUUCAUCGACGCUACAAAAUGUUAAUGAUCACUUACUUCUCGACAUUCAGCGGCAAUUUGAAUCGGUGACCAGUUUUAAAAAGAGACUUCAGUUGAUUGACCUCGGCGAAAAUCGCAUUGAAGGUGAAGCAUUCACAUUGAAACAAACAUCCGAACAGCUGAUAAGAUUAAUAAAGGCAUUCAAUGUGACUUCAAUUGAUACGAUGCAAUUCAACCAAAUCGAAAGCUACGAAAGCAAUCUCAACACACUGGAAUCGUUGAAUGGCUCAGAAAUGAACGCGUCAAAGAUUAACUAUAACUCGUUUAUGAAGGAAAUCAUUGAUUUUUUCAAAGAAUAUCGAAUCGAAACUCAAACAAACAUAUCCACAAAAGCCCGUGAAACCAUCAGAAAUAUUUCGAAUAUUUUGAUGAUCAUCGAUGGAAAAUUGACCGUUGCACUGAGAAAACAACUCCUAACAAUUGAUAGUUUUCAGAAAAAGUUCGAAUAUCUUCGACUCUUGCAAGGGUGUAUAGGAUCGUCACGGGCAAGAGAUAUUUCUACAUUGAAAAAAAGAAUUGAACAAUUCAACAAUUUAACUAACACGUUUGACAUUACAUCGAUCUGUAUCAAUGAUUUGAUUCGCAUUGAAAAGCACGAAAAAAUUCUAAGUGCACUAAAAUCGAUGGCACAAGAUGAAAUCGUUAUACCAACUCGAGACUGGAUCGAAAGAGACUCGUCAUCUGCUAUCACAUACCUGAUUGAAAAUUACAAAUGGUAUUCGUUUUUAGUUGAAACUUAUCGAUAUUUCGCCGGUUACGAUGUGCAGAAAAAUGUCAAAAUUUAUAAUGUGGCCAACUUAUCCGACUGGGGACAGUUUAACAAAUCACAAGGACUUGUUAUUGAUGAAACGAAUUUCAACGGAUUUGUAUCCCGAAUGAAACGUGACACAGAAUUCGAUUCAUGUUCAAGCAGAUUUGAUGAACUAAAUGGGAUAAUAAAUUCCACACUGAAGGAGUCUAUAAAAUUUCAGUGUGACAAUGAAUUGAUGGUAAUCAAAGGAAAUUUCGUAAAAAGUUCCGAUAUAAAUGAAAAAUUUAUGGAAUGUCCAUCGAAGCGAACUUUGAAAAAGAUUCACGUAUAUGUUUCGGAUACGUUUUAUGUGAACUGUGAUCUCUUUUUGAACAAAACCAUCGAGGUUGAACUUCAAAUUUUUGCACCAACUUGGAAUGUUCAAGAAGCAGCAACAUUUUACUUAAACGGAAUCGAUGGUGAACCACAUCCUAGACUAGAAUAUGAUGGUCGGGCUGGAAAACGUGGUAAUAUGGGGACACAUGCUGGAAACUUUUUUGGUGUAGCAAACGAUGUUUUUAAUAUUGAGCAAUUGACUAUCGAAUUGAAUGGUGGCAACGGUGGAAAUGGACAAGAUGGUACGGGCAGUCCAGAUGCUACAGUUUCAUUCGAUAGAACAACCCAUGAUGGAAAAGGAUCGAUUGAUCCUAGAAAUACUGAUCCAGAUAAUUAUUACCGACGAUUCUUCAGAGAAAAUGGGUAUGACGCUGAACUAAAGGACUCAAAAAUAAACACGUAUUUUUACGUACUCUUCGCACAAACGAAUAUUUUUCAUAGUUUUCGACUAUAUUCGAACGGGUGUUGCGGUAAAACAGGGGUUGGAGGUUAUGGUGGAUUAGGUGGCAAAUCCGGACAAUCCAGUUUCUUGUACACAAAAGCCGCUUUUUUCUCGGAAGAAUAUUUGAAUUAUCAACCAAAAAUAAAAAGGAGCGACGGUUCCGAUGGUGUAAAAGGGCAAACAGCGAAAGUCUGUGAAAGUUUGGCGCUUGAUCUUAAAAUUGAUACACAUUUGGAUGAGGCUCCAGCAUUUUGGUCUUUUUACAGCAAAUUUCAUAGUAAAAAUUACAUCCAUAAUCCUCGAUGCUCUAGUUCCGGUGACUAUGCAUUCGAUAAUACAAUAAUUUCUAUACCGAAAUAUUCAAAUGAAGAGGUCCAUGUUGCAGAAGCAAUCGUUGAAUACAAGAAAUUUUUACUUGAAAGCAUGAACAAUCCAAUAUUAGUGGAUGGCAUACGAAAGGCAUACGAUAUACUCGAUUCAAGCUACCUAUACGUGUUUUAUUCAACAAAAAGCUUUGCAAUGGAAGCACGUAUUCUAGAAGAACAGUAUUUUAAAUUAAAUCAACAUGUCAAUAUAUUGCCGUUAUAUGACAAUUUGCUGAAGAGACUCGAAAAUGUUACAAAAAUGGGGUCACUUUCAGAAGUUGACAGAAAAGUGUUUGCACUUCUGUAUACUACACUCAAGAGCAAAACGACAAGUGUUCGUACCGAUCAUAAUUCCGAUUUAAUCAUUGACAUUGAAAAUUUCUUGGACCUGAUCAUAAAAAAUAUUGCGAAAUUAGAUGAAAGCGGCCGAAUUUAUGUAAUCAAUGAACAAUGUAAUGUGUAUAACGAUGGAAUAAUGGCCAAAAUCAACGAGGCGAAUGAUUACAUCGAAAAUGAUAUCAAACUAGAAAUUGAGACAAAUUUUGCAACGCUUCACAUCGAAAUGCAGAAAACUGUCAACGAAACGAUUUCUUGUCAAGUGAAAACAAUCAAAGACAUACAGAAAAAGGAAGCCAAUACAAUUAUAAUCAGACGGAAUGCAGUAACACGUAGUAUGUUAAAGGUGGUGGGAUUUGUGUCAAAUAUUUUCGCUGUUGUUCAUCAACUGUUCGUAAAAUCGAUCGCAACCAUUGCAUAUGGUGUCACAAAUGAGAUGAGCAAAAAUUUGAAUGAUCCUGUAAUUGAACGAACUCAAACAAGCGAACUGCCGUUGAGUAUUCAACGGCUUCGCAGCAAAGCUGCUGGUGAUUAUCAAAUGAAAAUUGACAUCAUUGAAAAUGAGCUGACAGAUCUAAUGGAUUCAUUGAAGGAAAUAAAUUUCGAAAUGCCAAAAUUUUGCAACGAAUUGAGUAAUUUGAUAUCAAAAGUUACCAUAAUUAAAUCCGAAAAAUCUUUUGAGCCCUACAAAAUAAGUCAUUUGCUGAACGAAUGCAUUGACUUUUUAGGCGAAUGGAAACGCAUAUUCAUCAUCACAUCUAAUGAACUAAAUAUGAAAGUCAGUCGACUGUUGCAAAAAAAAGCGAAUUCGUUGGCCGUAACAGCAUCAUCCACAACAUGCUAUCAAGACUUUGCCAAUGAUGGCCAGGGACUUGACGAAAUCGGCGAAGCAAUAAACGAUGACCACGAAACAUUGAUAGCAUUUAUGCGAUUUGAAGACGAAAUUUAUGCUGAACUAAUGCCACUGAUCGAUACAUUACACGAAAAUAUAGUGAACACCGAAGGAGAUUUGGCCAAUAAAUCAUCAGUAGCACUAAAUGUGAUUCGAUGGAAGUUUGGUGUUUCAUUUCGCAAGGUGCAAAAGAGAUUAAACGACGCUGUUGAUCGUUUUGAAACUGAAUACGCCACAAAAAAUUGCCUAGUGGGCAUUAGUGAAGCUAUCAAUUUGAUGAUCGAUAUUUUUGAUAGGCAACACCACUAUCAAGAGGAUUUAAAGUUUGCUAGCUAUUUGAGCGGUCUUCAAACGGCAAAUUACCAGAAUUUAGACAUUGAUUCACAAACACAAAAUGAGAUCAAUACGUUACAGAUGCACCUACGUGGAAAUCUGAUUCUUGGACAAUAUUAUCGUGCAAUUGAUGCAUUCAAACAAACCAUUUUCCCAUACGCUGCCGAGUAUUUGGACGCUUAUGAUUGGCCAAACUCAUUGAAUGACGACAGUUUUGAUCACGUCAUGAUGAUUGUUACGAAUAAAAUCAAGACUCUGAGUGAAAAGAUCCGGGAAUACAAUACGACGGUCAUCAAUGAAAAUGAUAUGUUCAUACAUGUGGCGCAUUUUAAUAAUGAACGCGGUUCAAAAGGUCCGUUUUAUGUGUGGAAAAACGACGAAGUUCGUGAUAAAAUCAAUCAAUUGUUUGACGGGCGGAGAGUCCAUCUUUAUGCUGAUGUAACGAAGAGCAAUCCACGUAAUGCCGUCAAGUUUAAUAUAAUCGACUUGGAAUUCCGUGCAAAGAAUCAAAAUGUUACGAAUCAAUUGGCCGAAAUACUUCAAGAAUUUCAUGUUACGCUUACCCAUAUGGGCGAAUCGAAUUAUAGAUGCAACGAUGACUUUUACACAAUAUCAAGUCGACCGCUAACAAUUGAAUUUAGUUUUGGUGAAAAAAACCAAGCACCAACCGACCGAAACAAUGUUUACGAUAAACUCAGCGCUGGCAUCAAAUUGCUUAGUCCAUACACAUUGUGGGCCAUUCAACUCUCCCGUGGACCAUUUGAGAAAAUUAAACCAUUCAUCGAUUUUGUUGACAUCGAACUGCACGGUUAUGGACAAUACGUUCGGGAGAACGCAACGAUUUGUGAAAGUAAUUUGGAAAAAUAUUACAUUCCAAAGAAUAAACUAGCUCUGACCGAAAAUACUGGUGGUGCAUUCCGUUCAAUAAAUGGACCGGAAUCUCUGGUGCGGAUGAAUUCGACUUUGACUGUUGCAUGAAAGCAAGGUCAUAAUCCAAAUAUUGAUGUAAAUGACAGUAAUUUAAUUUUAAAGUGUUAAUUUUAAAUCACGUCAAAUAAUCUAGCCAAGGUGCAAAUUACUACUGAAAAGACUGAAAGCACUGAAAUCCAAUGAAAACAACUGAAAAGUACUAAAAAGAACUGAAAAAUAUUUUUAGUAUUUUUCAGUGUUUUUCAGUAUCAAAAUAGAUUGGGAUUUUUGACAGUUGAAAUUUGUUUUGACAGAUCUGCCAUCUAUUCAUUUUUCUCCUCGAAAAUUAAUGCCGUUUUCAGUACUUUCAUAUACUAAUACAUUGGGCACCGAAAAGUACUGAAAAGUAUUGAAUUCAAUUUUUCAGUAGUAAUUCGCCCCUUGAACCUAGCGAAAAGCAUAUUUUAUAAUAUAAUAAUCAAUAUCUGCAAUGAUCACAAUAUCAAUGAACUAAAUUAACAAAAAGAAACACUAGAAAAAAUUCCAAAUACUUAUAUCAUAUUCACUAUUGAAUGUUACUAUUUUCUCAAAAAGACUAUUAUUUCAAAUAAAAUACCGAAUAUAAAGUAAAAAAA